CCUAGGGCCAGGACUGGGGCGGUGCAGAGCGGUCGCCGCUGCGGAGCGAGCUGGCCCCCGGUGCUGUUGGCCGCGGCUCCCGGAGCAGCCCGCGCGGCCCCGCCCGCCCCGAGCCAUGCUGCUGCUGCUGGCGGCCGCCUGCGUCGUGGCCUUCGUGCUGCUGCUCUACAUGGUGUCGCCGCUCAUCAGCCCCAAGCCGCUGAAGCUGCCCGGCGCCCACGUCGUGGUAACUGGAGGUUCCAGUGGAAUUGGAAAAUGUGUUGCUAUUGAAUGCUAUAAGCAGGGUGCGUUUAUAACUCUGAUUGCAAGAAAUGAGAGCAAGCUGUUGCAGACAAAGAAAGAAAUUGAAAAAUACUCCGUUAACGAUAAACAGGUUGUGCUUUGUAUAUCUGUUGAUGUGUCUAAAGACUAUGGACAUGUGGAGAACGUCCUUAAACAAGCUCAAGAGAAGUUGGGUCCAGUUGACAUGCUUAUAAACUGUGCUGGAACAUCAGUUACAGGAAAAUUUGAGGAUCUUGAAGUGAGCUGUUUUGAAAGGUUAAUGGCAGUCAACUACUUGGGUAGUGUUUACGCAAGCCAUGCCGUAAUUGCUACCAUGAAGGAACGAAGAAUGGGAAGGAUUGUGUUUGUAUCAUCUCAGGCUGGACAGGUGGGACUAUUUGGUUACACAGCUUAUUCUCCAACCAAGUUUGCUCUUCGAGGAUUGGCUGAAGCUCUGCAAAUGGAGGUAAAGCCUUAUAACAUCUAUGUAACAGUUGCCUAUCCUCCAGAUACUGACACACCUGGCUUUGCAGAAGAAAUCAAAACAAAGCCUUUAGAGACUAAACUAAUUUCAGAAGCCUCAUCUGUUUGCCAAGCAGAACAGGUUGCCAGAGUUAUUGUUAAAGAUGCCAUACAAGGAAACUUUAACAGUUUUAUGGGCUCAGAUGGUUACAUGUUAUCAAUACUGACCAGUGGAAUGUCACCUGUCACUACUAUUACUGAAGGUCUUCAGCAGGUUGUUUGCAUGGGCAUUUUUCGCAUCAUUGGUUUGUUUUACCUAGGAAGUUUUGACAGCAUAGUUCGUCGAUGCAUGAUACAAAGGGAAAAAUCUGAAAGUACAGAUAAAACUAAAUAAUCUUUACUCACUGAAUCAGAAGAAUGUUACUUUUGGACAGCUUGCUGCUAAAUGGGACUUAGUUUCUCACCUGAAGACUUUCAUUUAAAUGCUUGGAUAUGUGACAGAUGAGUUCCUUUGAAAUGGAAAUAGAGAACAAAAGUACAACCCCAGGAAAUACCAAAACUAUGCAAAAAUAUGAAUGAAGACUAGUUUUUUUCAUUGGUGUGAGUUGGAGAAACAUUUGUGAAUCUAGAGACUGUAAGUGUGAAGAGUAAAAUUUCAAAGUGGGUUAUUUGCUGGUAAUUCUGGACAAAUACUUAAGUUUUCUUUCUUUGAUGGUGUGUUCAGAGAUAAGGGUAAGUACCAUCACACAUUGAACCUAAGAAGUUUGAACUCUCCUUGAAGAGAGUUUAGGCUCCUAAUAGAUUUCCACAACCAUAUUUUAACUUUGAAUGUUCUGAUUACUUUCCCCAUUGUCUGUUUACCGAUUUACUGACUUAUCCGUGGCUUUCAUCAUGCACUACUAUGGCUGUGGGAUUGUUAGGUGGGAGAACCAUACCUAUAUGAUCCAAAGCUUCUCAGUGUGGGAGUAGUUGAGAUAUGCUUUAGUAGCUACAUACUCUUCUAAAGGGAGAUGAAGAACCCAUUCUCCACUGAGAAAUGCUGGGAGAUAUUUUUUUUUGGCCUUCUGAAAUACCUUCUAAACAAAUCAAACCAUUAGAACAACAAGUAGUUUAAAAUUGCUGAAAGCCACAAUCUAAUUUUAAAUUGAUGUAUAAUCUUCUUCUAAUUUAUUCCCUUUUCUCUCCUCAGCUCAACUGACAGUAAAGGUAGCUUAAUGUUGCCAUUAUGCACAUUUUUAAAAACUGCAAAUGAUGAGCCAAACAAGUAGUUAAUAGAAUGGGUUGUAAUUAAAAUGUUAAUUUAAAAUGCUAGGCUCUUCCAGUAGCAGGAAUGUAGCUUUCAGGAGGGUCAAAAUGGCAUUCCAGGUUAAUUUAUCCCUGGAUGUGAGUAUACUUGUUAGGAUGACAAGGUCUGGUUUAAAAAUACACUCCACUCUUUUGCUUUUUAUUAGAUGCACAUAUGAAUCAAGACUGCUUCACAUCUGUGCCAGACUACACUGAACCCAAUAUUUUCUAACCGUUUUAAGUUUCUAACACUGAAAAUGCUUAGUUCAUAACAAUGAUAGCAUAAAGAGAUUGUGAUCUAUUGUUCAGUUGGACUACUACAGUAAGUGCCUAUAAGUCUUCUUUUGCAAAAGCUGAAUCUUUAAUAUUUGUUAGCACUCCUACAUUUUUAGAUGUCAGGUUUUCCUAGUCUCAAUCCAUAUUUUAAAGUUUAAACCUUAACUGGUAAAAUUUGUCAUGCUCACUUCCUCUACAGGAAUAAAUUUUAAUCAAAUAUUGGGUGAAAUUGAUACUGUUUCUUAGUCUUCUAUAUGCCUCAUCUAAGGAAUGGUUUAAUGGGACACUAUAUGCUAAAAUAUUUUUUCUUAUCUUGCAUUAACUGGAAUAACUUCAAAAACUUAACUCCUCAUUGAUACUAUUACCCCUCCCCCCCGUGCAAUUAGUUUAACUUACUGGGUUUUUUUGCACUAGCACAGUGCUGCAAUGUUUGCUAUGUAAACCCUAUAGGGGAGUAUUCAAACUGACCAUCUAAACAGUUUCUCAUUAAGAGACUGAGUGUUUAUACUAGGCUUUAUAAUGCUCUUCACAAAGCCUAUGUUUGGGGGCCAACCUACCAGAGUGCCUCUUUAAAUAUGUAAAAUUUGCAUGCCUCUAAUUAUCAGAAGAAUGCAUAGAUUUGAGCAUAGUAGGCAUCCUUACAAUUCUAAACAGCUGAGUUUCACAGCAGAAGAAACUAUUUUGCAUAUACAUUAGUUGCUCUGUGCUGUUUUUUAUGGAUUGUGUAUUAUGGAGCAUUUGUAAUAACAUCCAGAGUCAUUGUUUGCUUUGUUUACUGAAAGUCAUCACAGCCCAUUCUCUCAGGACCUGAUAUAUCUUACUAGUGUGUAUAUUAUACCAAACCUUGAUAUAAAUCAAGAAUAAGAUUAAAUAAAAGUGUUCAAACCAGA